UAUCUUUACUUUCCGAUUACUAGACCUUAGUUAUAUUCCAUAAUACAUAAUGGCUGAGGAAGAUGAAUGGAAAAAAUUAUCGACUGAACAAAAAGUUCAACAUAAGGCAUGGAAGGCCCGUGCCGAGGGUUAUAAGGAAUGUAUCAGGAAUUUCAAAAUGUGGGAUGAAACCAGUCCAGAAUUCAAUAAAUAUCUUGGACUUAUGAGAAAAUUUGUAACAGAUUCAAAUGAAUUGAUCAGAAUUCAAGGACUGGAAGCUGCAUUGGUCUUUGUAGAAAAUGCAAAUGUUGCAAAGAAAACAUGCGGUGAAGUUAUACCUGGGAUUAUUUUGAAGUGUUUUAACUCUAAACCUCGAAUGAAAGAAGCAGGUAUCAAUCUUUGCUUGAUGUAUAUUGAAAUUGACAAGAACGAACUCACCCAGGAAGAACUUGUUAAAGGAUUUUCAAACAAACAACCGAAGGUAGCCACAGCCUGCCUUGAAGCAGUUACGAUAGCUAUAAGCUUGUUUGGCUCAAAAGUAAUGCAAGUGAAACCUAUAUUGAAAGAAAUCCCAGGACUGGCUGAUCAUCGCGAUAAAAACGUCAGAGAAGCAGUAAAAGCACUAGCAGUUGAAAUAUACAAAUGGGUCGGGUCAGCUAUCAAAGCAUCAUUACAAAAUAUCAAUCCGGUGAUGCUGAAAGAACUUGAAGAAGAAUGGACGAAGGCAGAGGCGAGUGGAAGAUCUACUCAAACUAGAUUCAUGCGGUCACAGCAAGAUUUGAAAGAGAAGAUGGAAGCAAAACAAGCAGCUGUAUCUGCUGGUGGAGAUGCUGGAAACGAAGGCGGAGCGGUAGAAGAAGAGCAACCUGAAGUCGAUCCAUAUGAUCUCUUGGAUCCAGUCGAGAUUCUCAGCGAGCUACCGAAAAAUUUUUAUGAGCAAAUUGAAGCAAAAAAAUGGCAGGAGCGUAAAGAAAUGCUAGAAUUAUGUCAGAAACUUUGUGAAAAUCCUAAAAUAGAAAAUGGUGAUUAUGGUGAUCUAGUAAAAGUUCUGAAAAAGGUUGUUUCCAAAGAUACCAAUGUCAUGCUCGUUACUAUAGCUGCAAAAUGCCUCGCUGGAUUAGCAAAAGGGAUACGAAAAAAAUUUCAUCCUUUUGCCAAUGUGUGCACUGAUGCUAUUUUGGAAAAAUUCAAGGAGAAAAAACCAAAUGUAGUUGCUGGACUACAAGAAGCCAUUGAUGCUAUUUACAUGAGUACUAAUCUUCAAGGUAUUAGCGAAACAUGUAUAGAAUAUUUGAAUAGUAAGAAUCCAGCCAUUAAAGAACAGACUGGGCUGUUUUUGGCAAGGGCAUUUUCUAAAACAAAGCCUUCUGCUCUGACAAAAGGUACAAUUAAGCCGAUCAUUCAGGCAUUGUUGAAGAAUAUUGAUCACAGUGCUCCAAAUGUUAGAGAUGGAUCGUACAAAGCACUUGGUGCUUUGCUGAAAUUAGUUAGUGAGAAAAUGGUGAUGCCAUUUUUGGCUGACCUUGAUAAUCUAAAGAUGGAAAAAAUUAAGGAGUAUUCUGGUAAAGCUGAAGUUCAACCUAAAGGUGCUGCAGCACCAAAGCAAACAAAACCUACGCAACCACAGAAUGCUGGUGCAUCUGCUUCUACUGAAACGGCAGCAGAUAAAGUGAAUGAUCCAAAGAAAAAGGUCGUCAAAGGUGGCAAAAAGAAGCCGAAACCAAACAAGAAUGUAGCGUCAUCAGAAUCUUCUAGGCCUGCAGAAGAACCUGUACUAAGUGAAAUUGCUGUCGAGGAUCAAAUUGCUGAGUUCCUUUCCGCUGAAGUCAUAGCCCAAUUGUCAAAUUUAAAUUGGAAAGAAAGGCUUGAAGGUCUUCAGAAUAUAACACAAAAGCUGAAGCUUGCGGAUGUUAAAACCAUACCUUGUCAAGCUCUGGUCAAGACCUUGGGGUCUGGUAAGCAAGGAUGGAAAGAUUUAAAUUUCAAUUGUUUGAAUGAAAAGUUUGCUAUUGUUAAAAACCUUGCUGAAAAUGCCAAAUUCAGUAAAACAUCUGGAGACAUAUGUCUCACUGGUUUAACUGACAAAAUUGGAGAUGUUAAAUGCGGUAAGGCGUCGAAAGAAGCUAUUACCGCUAUUGCAGAGGCGACUAGUUUUGCAUGGGUGUCUGAAACUUUACUAGAGUAUGCUAUAUCACACAAAAACCCAAAAAUUCAAUCUGAAUCAUUGAAUUGGCUUAGUAAUGCCAUUAAAGAAUUUGGGAUUGCUGGUGCCAAUGUCAAGAUGUUUAUCGCAAAAAUUAAAAUUGGAUUUGCUGCAACCAACCCUGCUGUCAGAACUGCUGCUUUCAGCGUCAUGAGUGCAAUGACACUCUACAUCGGUGCAAAAAUAAGAAUGUUUUUUGAAAGUGAAAAACCAGCGUUGCUACAACAGAUAGAUGCUGAAAUAGAAAAGUGCAAAGGUGAGUCUCCUCCUGCUCCAAUCAGAGGAAAAUCCUCGAAAGUGAGUGCAGACAGUGAGGAGGAAGAAGAUGAGGAGGAUGCACCAAAAGAGAUAAAAUUUGAUGACUUGGUUACCAGAGUAAAUAUUGCUGAUAAGAUUACUGAUAGUCUUAUCACUAAACUUGCUGAUAAAAACUGGAAAAUGAGAAAGGAAGCAUUGGAAGAAGUGAAAGAUAUUCUGAAUGAAGCUAAAUUUAUUGAACCAACAAUAGGGGAAUUAGCGCCUGCUAUGAAACUCAGACUCGCGGAUUCUAAUAAAAUUCUUGUUACAACUGCUCUUGCAAUCUUAUCUCAGUUGUCAACAUCUCUUGGACCUCAUUGUAAAGUUCAUGUGAAAACAAUUGCUCCAGGUCUAGUUGGAGUGUUGGCUGAUAGCAAACCAAACGUCCGCCAAGCAGGGUUAAAUACUAUGAAUCAGUGGUCGGAAAAUACUAAUUUAUCAUUGUGGUUCGAGGAUGAAAUAAUGUCUGAUGCAUUGUCAGUUCAAAAGCAUACCUUCUUGAGAAUUGAACUUCUAAACUGGCUCACUGAAAAGCUUCUGUCUACACCAAAGAUAACAGCAUCUGCUAAGGAUGGACUACAGGCUUGCGUGAAACAUCUUUAUUCUUGUUGUGAAGAUAGAACAGGAGAUGUCAGAGCGAAAGCACAGGCUGCUCUUCCAGCUUUCAUUUAUCAUCUUGGCAUGGAUAAAAUGACUAGAUUUUGUGGAAAACUUAGUCCAGCUUCAUUGUCAACUAUUCAAGGACUACUAGAAAAAGCAAAAGAUCUUGUACCAGCACGAAAGUCCAAACAACCUAAUAAAGCUGCCAAACCUGUUGCUGUUGAAGUCGAAAUAGAGAUUCCACCAACCGUGGUACAGGAAGAAAACAAACCUGCAAAGACAGCUUCUGCCAAAGCAAAAGCAUCUAAGCCUGGAAAGCGUGCUCCAUCUUCUAAAAAACAGCAGGAUGAUGGGGAUUUUGGGCCUGUAUUGAUCAAAAUACCAAAUGGAAAAGAGCAACGAAUGAAAGAUGAACAAAAAUUAAGAACGUUGAAAUGGAUAUUUGAUGCUCCUCGAGAUGAAAUUGUAGUGCAAUUAAAAACUCAGAUGACGCCAUGUGUUGGUUCUGGAUUAUUUGCUGAAUUGUUCCAUGCCGAUUUUCAACAUCACCUGAAAGCAUUAAAUUUAUUAACACAAGCUCUUGAAAACCAGUGGGAUGAAACUGUUGGUAUGCUUGAUUUGAUACUGCGCUGGCUAACUUUACGAUUUUAUGAGAAGAACACCACAGUGCAUAUGAAGUGUUUGGAAUACGUGAAAUCUGUGUUUGUGAAACUUGACAGCUUUGAUUUGCGAAUCACAGAUUAUGAAGCUUACGCUUUCAUACCACAUCUUAUCACUAAGAUUGGUGAGACAAAAGAGAACAUUAGAAAAGAUGUUCAUGCUAUUAUGCACCAAAUUACCAAAGUUUAUCCAGCUGGAAAGGUUUUCUCACAUCUCAUGCAAGGACUUGUAACAAAAAACUCAAGACAAAUAACUGAAUGCUUGGAUGAGAUUGGUCAUUUAAUUACCACCAUCGGCAUUGAUGUCUGCCAGCCAACACCAACCAAAGCGCUGCGAGAGGUCGCAUCUCAUAUUAGUAAUCGAGACAACAGUGUGCGCUCCGCUGCUCUCAACGUCUUGGUGUGUGCUUACAAUACUUGUGGUGAUGUCGUGUACAAGUUUGUAGGCAAAUUGAAUGAGAAGAAUAUGAGCAUGCUGGAGGAAAGAAUCAAGCGAUCUGGUAAAUUUUCAAAUGAACCAUUACAAGCUCCUGCGAAAGUUGAAGCUAAAGUCUUAAAAUUGCCUAGUAAGCAAGCUGUUCCUGAUAAGCCCAAAAUAUAUACUGGUGAUACCUCAUCUCUGACAAAAAAGGAACAUGAUAUAGCUGAAAUCAGUGAUAUUGAUGAAUCUGAUUUCAAAUUACCAGAACUUUUAGACACAAACUGUGAUGAUUUACUCAAUGAACCAGAUGUUGAAAUUCCUCCGAGAUUUGUCAGUGGAAUACAUGAUUUCAGAGCUAGUAGAUCAAGUGAAAAUAUUGAUUCCACCUUAAAUAUUAUAAUUUCAUCUCUCGCAAGCAGUGAUAUUGAUACUUGCCUGAAAUCGAUUCAUCAGCUCGACGAAGUGAUGAAAAGUACGGAAAAACGUGAGCUGCUUAAGCCAAGAGUGGAUCAGAUACUAACUUCAAGUUGCAUCCAAUUUCGAAUGGCUGCAACUCGUUUUUUUAAUGAUAUUCCAGUGGAAUCAAAUGACAGAGAUAAGGCAAUUUUAGGAAUUGUGUCACUAUACAAGAGUCUUUUAUCUAUUGAUAUUACAAUUUUUAAAACCCCAGUCCUUGCAGUUUGUGCAACUCAGAGCUGUCUUCAGGAUUUCAUCCAAGCGGUUGUUGUCUUUAUGAUUGAUAAACGUGUUGAAGGCUUGCCAAACGGUGUUCGAAUAAUAGCAAUUCUGAACAUUCUUCUUGCUGAUCUUCUAGCAAAUGCGAAUCCAACUUCUGUUUUAUGUGCUUUAUUGCGAUUGCUUCAUUGUUCUCUGGAAAACGCUUGGACUGUACAGAUGGAUCUCUAUAAAAAAUGUAUCUGGAAAGUAAUCUACUUGAUGAAAGAUUUCAUUUCACCAGCAUCAAACAGUCCAAGACCUAUAUUACAACCUUCAAUUGUACUAGCUGAUUUGCAUCAAAUACAGCUUGCUUUUACAAGCAAACAAUUACUCCCGAUUUCGAAAACUUUCAAAUCAUUGGUGCUUGCAUUCUGUCAAAUAUUGGGACUGGGUGUACUUGAUGAAGUUCAAAAUAUUGUUGGAAUAGAAUCAUCUGAUCUUCUCCAAGUGAUCACCAAAUGUUUGAAAGGAAAUCAUCCAACAUCUGCGAUUGAAUCGCAUCCUGUCAAAUCCAAAUCAUCUAGCGAGAUUCAUAAAAAGGAAAACCUAGGUGUUUCUAAUGGCAAUUUAACUCCUGAGGUGCAAUUGUCCUUGAUAGCCAAGAAAGUUAGUAAUUAUGAUCUCACAAAGCAAGGUUUGCAGGAACUAUAUGACUUCAAACAACAACACCCGAAUAUUGAUAUUGAAGCAGGCUUUAGAAAUGUUCCGCCUUAUUUUCUCGACUAUAUUAAUCGUUCACUUCAGGACAUAGAACAAGAUCGUAGAAAAGGAAUCACACAUUCAGAUAGUAACUUAAAAUGGUCGGGUGAGCGAAUGACUGCAAAAGAUCAUAUUGAACAUAUUCGGACGCUACGUGCCAAAUUUGGCCUACCAGUGGAAUCGACUUCGCAAGAAAAAUCAGACACCAAAGUUCUUUCAACAAAUACAAAUGAAAUGAAUCGUGCUGACAAACUAGAUGGAAAUAAGAAUGAGUUAGGCCCUCCAUCGGCAAAAGGCGUGGACUUGGAGUCCUCCAAUGUAGUGACUUCAGCCUCCAACAUGCUGCCUCCACGACCAGCUACUACAUCUAAAAUGGAAGCUUUAAAGCAAAGAUUGGAGAAAAUCAAACGGGAAGCUAGUAAAAGAACUUGAAAGACUUUUUGUUUCUGUGCACCGUUAGUUUUCUUGAUAGUGCUAGUCCAUAUUUCUAUUGUCAACUUAAUAUUUCAUUGUACUGUAUGCCCUUUUUGAAUUCUUUCCAAUAACUUGCUUGGUUUUUUGAUGUAGAAAAUUAAUCUUUUUUAAGAUAUUUUUUUUUUUUUCUACAUUUCUCUCAUCUGAAGAACCCAUACAAGUUUAAUUUCUUUACCCUUGUUCCAUUUCUGCUAAUAUUGACUGCCCUUUUUAAGUUACUUUCAAACUAUUAAUCAGUAAAAAAUGUAUAUAUGUUCAGUGGUAGGGCAAAAUUUGGGUUACUGUUUGUUUAUUUACACAUGCAGUUUCCAUUUUUUGAUUUGAUUUAAAAGAUAUGGCAUAGGAUUAAUUCAACUUUCAGACUGAGUGCCGUUUUUGAAACUUUUACCUGUUAGUUGUGCCUGUACUAUGUUGUUAAAUGUAAGCUAAACAUUUUCUGAGCAUUUUAACUACUCUAUGAGCUGAAACUUUUCACAUAUACCAGUAUACUGCUGCGUAAACGUUAUGUAUUUUCGUUCUGAAUUAUGAUAUUGUUCCAAUAAACAAAAAGGCUUACAAAACUUUUCAACUUCAA